CACAGACUUUGAAACGAACUAAAGCCAGACACGCACAAUGGACACCAAGGGCUGUACGACAACUAUUGCUUCUUCAACCCCAUGCCAAAACUGCUCCAGGAUUACAAAUUUUAGGACCAUCUCUUCUAACAACAGCUGCCAUCGCGGUGGUCUUGAAGCCAACAGCUGCCAACCACCUGGCCACGUUCUGAGAAUGCCCCAGGACCAGGGCUGCCAACCCACUCCUUGCUUUUGUCGCAUGCCCACCUACAUAAUAAGAAACCUCAACGCCUGUCUCUCUCCGGACGACUGCGGCUGGUAUGGCGAAGGCAUCAACAGUCAUGAGAAGGAGACCAUGCAAAUCUUGAAUGAACGCCUCGCAAACUACCUGGAAAAGGUGCGAAUGCUGGAAAAAGAGAACACCGAACUAGAGUGCAAAAUCCAGGAAGAGUGUACCAAAGAGCUGCCGGUCCUCUGCCCUGAUUACCAGUCCUACUACAGAGCCAUUGAGGAGCUCCAGCAGAAGAUCUUGUGUACCAAGGCUGAGAAUUCCAGAAUGGUCUCACAAAUUGACAACACCAAACUGGCUGCAGAUGACUUGAGAGCCAAGUAUGAAGCUGAGGUGUCCCUACGCCAGCUGGUGGAGGCAGAUGCCAACAGCCUGAAGCAGAUCCUGAAUGCACUGACCCUGGGCAAGGCUGACCUGGAGGCGCAAGUGGAGUCUCUGAAGGAGGAGCUGCUUUGCCUCAAGAACAGCCACAGAGAGGAAAUCGAUUCCUUACAGAGCCAGCUUGGGGACAGGCUUCACAUCGAAGUGACGGCUGCCUCUUCUGUUGACCUAAACCAGGUUCUACAAGAAACAAGAUGUCAAUAUGAGUCCAUCAUGGAGACAAACCGUAAAGAUGUGGAACAAUGGUUCAACACGCAGAUGGAGGAGCUGAAUCAGCAGGUGGUGACCAGCUCUGAGCAGCAGCAAUGCUGCCAGAAGGAGAUUGUAGAACUGAGACGCACCGUGAAUGCUCUGGAGGUUGAACUGCAGGCCCAGCACCGAAUGAGAGAUUCCCAGGAAUGCUUCCUGACGGAGAUCGAAGCCCACUACACUGCCCUGCUGACCCAGAUCCAGUGUCUGAUCGACAACCUGGAGGCUCAGCUGGCAGAGAUCCGGUGUGCCCUGGAAAGGCAGAACCAAGAAUACGAGAGUCUGCUGGACAUCAAGUCCCGGCUGGAGUGUGAGAUUGCCACGUACCGCAGCCUCCUGGAGGGCUUGGACUGCAAGCUUCCCUGUAACGCGUGUGCCACCAAAUGUGAGCUUUCCACUUGCACACCCUGUAAGGCCAGGGCCACGGAAUGCACGGCUCCAGUUUGCACAGCCUCAGCCCCCCGUGGUGCACGCAAGCCCUGCAGUGCCUAUGAUCCCCUGUCCCGGAUACUGGUUAAAAUACUCACCAUCACCAAGGAGAUUAAGGAUGGGAAGGUCAUUUCUUCUCAUGAACACGUGCAGCCUUGCUACAUCACCAGACCUGCCAAAGUCUAACACCCCAAGGUGAUGAAAAUGACCCACACUCAUGAAAGAGAGGCCAAUACAUGCUCCUGCCAGAGAGGUUUAAGAACUCCCCAGUCCCUUAAGGUACUUAGUUUCUUACUACUACAGUGGGUCCCCAUGGCCAAGUAGAAUGGCUUUGAUUCUGCUCCUUCCCUAACUGGCUGCUGCCAA